ACUGAUAUCGCACUCACAACACACUGCCACUGCACUGGCAUUGCAUUGGUGUUGAACUGGCACUGCAUUGGUGUUGCAUUUGCAUUGCACUGGCAUUGCAUUGGUGUUGCAUACGCAUUGCACUGGCAUUGCAUUUGCAUUGUAUUGGCAUUGCACUGGCAUUGCACUGGCACUGCAAGGGUGCAACACUGCAUUUGGCACUGCACAGCACUGCACUGCCAUCAUGCUCCAUUGCGUUGGUGCUGCAUGGCGUUGCAGGGCAGCAGCACAGCACAGCACAGCCCCAGCGCUCCCUGCUGCACCCACGCUGCUCAGGACCGGCUCUCCCUGGCACCAGCGCUGCACGGAACGGGCACAGCUCUGUCCCUGCAUUGGCACGGGGCUCAGGACCACCCGUGGCCGCCGCCCAGCAUUGGGGUCACCCCCGCUGUCCCCAUCCCGCUCCCCCAGUCCCUCCACCAGGCCCCGCAGGCUCCCCGGGCCCCACGGAGGCCGAGCCACGUGGCUGAGCCCCCCCGCGCUCGUCACACGCGUGGCCCCCAGCCCGGCUGUGACUCAGCGCCCAGACACGCCGCGGCGGGGGUGGCCGGCGAGGGGGGCUGCCCUGUGGCGACCACAGCUUCCCAGUUCCUCCCAGUAACUUCCCAGUGCCCCCAGUUCACCCAACACUCCCCAGUCCCCCCGAUGUUCCCGGUCCCCCCAGUGCUGCCCCCCCCCAGUAUCAGUACAGCCCCCCCACACGCUUCCAGUCGCCCCAUCCAGCAAUCCCAAUACAGGACAUACCCCUCCACUAUGACUCCCAGUGCUGCUCCCCACCCCCCAAUUAUAAUUCCCACACAACCCCCCCUCCUGCACAUCCCCAUAACCCCCCCAGCCAGCAAGGCUCCAGGACCCCCAAGAACCCCAUGUGACACCACUCCCGGCUGGGGGUCGCAUGCCAGCAGCCCCCCCGUGGCCACGUGCUCAGGGUGGGGGGGACAAGCAGGGACAGGCCCGCCCCCCCCUAGCCCCCCCCGGCGUCCACACCCUUUCCUGCUUGAGUCAGCGGCAUCUGACUGUUGCUUCCGGGUGUCCCGCGGCUGUUGGGGCGUCCGCCUGUUUGUCUGGGUGUCCGUCUGGGUGUCCUCCUGUCUGUCCGUUCACGUGGCUGUCUGUCAUUUGGGGUGUCCAGCAAGUCAGGGGUAUCCAUCUCCCUCUUGGGGUGCCGACCUGUCUUUCCAGCUGUCUCUCCAUCUGUCCACCGCCUUCCCGACACCAUGUACACGGCCCUCCCCAAAAGCGGUUCCCCCUUCGGCCCUGCGCCCACACGCCCUGGGCUGCACAUCUGGCGCGUGGAGAAGCUGCACCCGGUGCCAGUCCCCGAGAGCUCUUGGGGUGUCUUCUUUUCGGGGGACGCCUAUCUGGUGCUGCACCUGGGGCCUGAGGAGCGAGCCCACCUGCACCUCUGGAUUGGAGGGCGGCGUGGACUCGGCCUUCAAGUCGGCGCGGUGCAGCACCGGCCCCGGCCCCGUGCGCCGGCUGUACCAGGUGAAGGGCCGCAGGAACAUCCGGGCCACGGAGCGGGACCUCAGCUGGGCCAGCUUCAACACCGGCGACUGCUUCAUCCUGGACCUGGGAGAGACCAUCUUCACGUGGUGCGGGGCACGGAGCAACGUCCUGGAGCGCAGCCGGGCACAGGAGCUGGCUGCAGCCAUCCGUGACAGCGAGCGGGGUGGCAAAGCGUGCCUGGAGAUGGUGGUGGAUGGCGAGGAGCCCCCCGAGAUGCUGCAGGUGCUGGGCCCAAAGCCCACCUUGACAGAGGGCAGCCCUGAGGAGGAUGCAGCGGCCGAUCGGAACGCGGGGAUGGCCGUUCUCUACAAGGUGUCAGAUGCGAUGGGGCACAUGGACCUGAGCGAAGUGGCCCGGAGCUGCCCCUUCAACCAGAGCCUGUUGUGCCCUGACGACUGCUUCGUGCUGGACACGGGCGCCAGGGGGAAGAUCUACGUGUGGAAAGGGCGCAAAGCCAACGAGCAGGAGCGGCAGGCGGCCCUCAGCGUGGCCGAGCAGACCAUCACCCGCAUGGGCUACUCGCCCCACACACAGGUGGAAAUCCUGCCGCAGGGCCGCGAGACGCCCCUCUUCAAGCAGUUCUUCAGCGGUUGGAAGUGAGGGGGCACCGUGGGGACAGGGCAGGACAGGGACAGGCUAUUCCCACACCCACCAUAUUCCCCACGACACCUCCAUCCCUGUGCCGGCUCCAAGCCCAACCCAGCCCUGCGCCAUCACCCCACCUUUACCAUAUCCAGGGCCGUGCCAUCCCCAUGCUACCUCUCUUUAAACCCAUGCCAUCUACAAGGUCACUCCACCCCCACGUCAUCUCUGUCUCCAAGUCCACGCCAUCUCCAUGCCCACAUCAUCCCCACCCCACCCCACUGCCACCUCUAUCUCCAGCCCCAUUUCUGUGGCAUCCCAUCCCAGUACCAACCCUGUGCCCCAUCCCUUGCUGUCCUUGAGCCCAUGCCAUCCCCACACCCAUCUUUCCUGGAUCCAUCUCCAUGCCCAUGCUGUCCCCAGUGCCAUCUCCAAGGCCAUGCUGACCCCAGGCCCCCACCAUCUCCAUGCCCAUGCUGUCCCCAUGCUACCCCCCAUGCCACCAUUCUCGGACCCCGUGCCAUUUCCCUCUCCACAUCCAUGCCACCUGCAUGGCCAUGCCAUCCCCAUGCCACCUCCCUCUCCAGCCCCAUUCCAUGCCACCCCUUCUCAGGGCCACCCCCAUGCCCCAGCACACGCCAUCCCCAAGCCCACACUGCUGUGCCACGUCCCUGCCGUCACUGCUGUGCCCACACGCCACCCCCACACUGCACAAAUAAAGGCAUGAUGUGAACCCUG